ACGGCGUAGAUCCUCUAUUCUUUAACUGACCAGGAGUCUCGCAUCAGUCUACCACUUGCAUUGGUCUCGUCGAUUCGCCUUCCGAUCGCCAUGGAGAAGCAGCAGCAGGAGAGGAUGCUCCUCCAAGCCGCCUUCGACGGCAACCUCCGCCUCGUCAAAAAGAUGGCGCGGAGGCUCAACUCGGGGCCAGGCGAGGCGGCCAUCAUGGCCGCGGUGGUUGACGGAAACUGCGGGAACAGCGCGCUGCACCUGGCGGCCAUGGAGGAGAAGAUGGACGUCUGCAGGUAUCUCGUGGAGGACCUCCGCCUUGACAUCAACCAAACAAACGACAAUGGUGAAACUCUGCUAUUCCUUUCUGCAUUUUUUGGGAGAACUGUGGCUGCAAAAUAUCUUCUUGCUCAUGAUGCCGAUCCAAAGUUAGGUGGUAAAACAGGAUCGCCUCUCCAUGCUGCUGCACACAAAGAACAUCAAGGAAUAGUCAACCUGCUGCUUUCAAGAGGAAUUGAUGUGGAUUUACCUUCCCCGCUUGGGACUCCGUUGCAUUUGGCUGCUACUUAUGGUCAAGAUGGCACAAUGAAGAUUUUGUUGGAGCACCACGCAGAUCCAAACAAGGUUCUCAACCUUGAUGAUACCCCGUUGAGUAUGGCCAUAAGACCCAUACCAACUGCAUCGGUGAACUGUGUGAAGCUACUCAUUAAGGCUGGCGCUGAUGUGGAUUUCACUGACUCGAAUGGUGGUAGUUACGUGGCGUUGGCAGCAACUUGUGGCUCAGCUGGCAUCAUGAACUGUUUACUAGAAGCUGGUGCUAACCCGAAUAUUGCAGAUGAAUUUGGUAUAACUCCAAUUGAAGUUGCUGCUUCCCAAGGCAGAAGAGAAAUUGUUGAAAUGUUAUUUCCUGUAACUUCUCCGAUUUCAAAGCUUCCCGAUUGGAGCAUUGACGGGAUCAUUUCGCAUGUGAAAACUUUUGGUUUGCAGCAGGAUAAACUUAAGUGCCAGAAGAAAAGAGCUGAAUUGAAAUUAAAAGCUGCUGAGGCUUUUAAGAGAAGUGAAUAUAUGAUGGCAGCAGAGAUGUAUACUGUUGCAAUGGAACUUGGCCCUAGCUCAGAUGAUUAUGCAACCCUGCUAGCAAAUAGGAGUCUCUGUUUGUUGCGCUUGGAAAAUGGAUCUACGGCUCUCAAAGAUGCUACUUUGUGUAGAAUGAUGCGACCCAACUGGCCAAAAGCCUGCUAUCGACAAGGGGCUGCUUUUAUGCGUCUGAAGGACUACGAAAAAGCAUGUGAGGUUUUCGCAGAUGGCCUAAAGUUGGACCCUAAAGCCGUUGACAUUGAGAAUGCUUUAAGGGAAGCAACUGCAAUGAAGACUUAGCCUACACGCAUUACAUGAUACCUUGCGUAGUUGUGGCUCUCUUGUUGCUAGGUCCAGGAUCAGGAUAUCCCAGUUGUUCUCUACUUCUCUGGUAUCUACCUACAGCAACAGUGCAAGCCUCUCUUUUUUAAGACUUCUGGUUGCCCCUAUCGUGUGUAAACAUUACUGAAUGCGAUGGAUGUGUAUCCAGUUUCAGUUAAAAAGUCAACAAAAUGCUAUCAAUUGA